GCUGGUGCUGUAUUAAUGUUGAUUCUUUGUUUCAGAGCCAUCAUCAACCACUUUAACCCCAAAAUUGAGUCCUACGCUGCUGUGAAUCACAUAUCCCAAUUGUCGGAGGAGCAGGUGCUGGAGGUAGUGCGAGCCAACUAUGACACACUCACACUGAAGCUGCAGGAUGGCCUGGACCAGUAUGAGCGGUAUUCUGAGCAGCACAAGGAAGCUGCCUUCUUCAAAGAGCUGGUUCGAUCCAUUAGCACCAACGUCAGGAGAAACCUGGCCUUCCACACACUCAGCCAGGAAGUCCUGCUCAAAGAAUUCUCCACUAUCUCCUGAGGCCGUGCAUACCUGAGCAGCCACUGACUGCCCUUACCCAUGACGCUUCUGGGAUGGAGGGGGAGUGAGGGGAGAGGGGGCUGUCCCCAAAGUUGGAGAACAACACAGAUACAGAGUUCUCUCGGUAAAGGCCGUACUUCAUUGGAACUGGACAGCAGGGGCCAGAAGGGGCAAGCCAGGGAUAAUCUUAUUUGGGGAGGGAUGGGUGGGCACAGGGAGAAGCCUUCAGGAAUGUAGGGAUUUCCAGGGUGGGCUCCCUGGAUACCCCUCACAUUUCCAAUUUAGAUUAUAAAUUGUGGUUACUGACUAAUUUUCAGGAGCUGUUGGAGCAAGCCUUAGGCUGAUGCCAACACCUUGAGGGUCAAUGGCUCUCAAGGCUUCUGAAAAACAGAUUAACUCUCAGAUGUAAGUGGAACCAGUUCUGCUUUCUUUGGACCUGGGGUUGAGCUGGGCUUGAAAUUUGUUUCCCCUGCCCAUGCUGGCACUCUGCCUCAUCAUUAGGACCCUUAGCUCAGGCUUAGGGUAGAGUAAGAAUGGAGUACUUUUUUUCUAUUUUCUAAAUCCAGAUCUGACUCCUCUGGUAGACUGGAGAUUAGAAUUCACUCAUUACUCCACCGUCUGACCACCAAUUUCUGGUUUUGAUCCUUGCUACCAGGAGUACCUAUUAGUUUCUCCUGCCUUCCAACCCAUUGACUCAUCAGCACUAUAAGGUCAAAAUUUUAGCUUUUCAUUUUCAAUCUGGUUUAAACUGUCUUUAGGGUGUGUGUGCGUGUGUGUGUGUGUGAAAUAAACAUCGACAGGUUUUCUGGA